CUCUCUCUCUCUCUUUCUCCCGCAACACGCACCUCUUCUCUCUCUGCUGCGACUCUCUUCUCUCUCUCGCUGACGCGAACCACUGCAAAAUCCCCAUGGAAAGGCUCGAGCAAGAACCGACAAUGGCGGAACCCAAGAAAACCAAGUACGAUCGUCAACUCAGGAUUUGGGGAGAAUUAGGUCAAGCGGCUCUUGAAACCGCGAGCAUCUGUUUGCUCAAUUGUGGCCCUACUGGCUCUGAGGCUCUUAAGAAUCUCGUUCUUGGUGGAAUCGGAAGUAUAACCAUUGUCGACGGAUCCAAAGUUGAAAUUGGCGACCUUGGCAACAAUUUCAUGGUGGAUGAGAAGAGCGUCGGUCAGUCGAAGGCCAAGUGUGUCUGCGGCUUUCUUCAGGAGCUUAACGAUGCUGUUAAAGCCAACUUUAUUGAGGAGAAUCCAGACACAUUUAUACUAAAUGACCCAUUUUUCUUCUCUCAGUUCACUCUUGUUGUCGCCACUCAGCUAGUGGAAGAUUCCAUGGUGAAAUUAGAUAGAAUCUGCCGGGAAGCAAAUGUCAUGUUGGUUUUUGCUCGCUCCUAUGGCCUUACUGGGUUUGUUCGCAUCAGUGUAAAGGAGCACACUGCUAUCGAGUCAAAGCCUGAUCAUUUUCUUGAUGAUAUCCGCUUGAAUAAUCCGUGGCCUGAACUAAAGAGCUUUGUGGAGACCAUUGAUCUAAAUGUAGCUGAACCCCCUGCUGCCCAUAAGCACAUUCCUUACAUCGUCAUUCUUAUCAAGGUGGCUGAAGAAUGGGCUCAAACCCAUAACAGCAACCUUCCAACGACUAGGGAAGAGAAAAACGAAUUUAAGGCUUUAGUUAAGUCCAAGAUGGUAUCAAUGGAUGAAGAUAACUACAGAGAAGCUAUUGAAGCCUCUUUCAAAGUUUUUGCUCCUAGAGGGAUCAGCCAAUAUACUCAAGACAUUAUUAAUGAUAGUUGUGCUGACGUUGGCCCAAAUUCGUCAGAGUUUUGGAUAAUGGUAGCAGCACUCAAGGAGUUUAUUUCAAAUGAAGGUGGUGGGGAGGUACCACUUGAAGGCGCCAUCCCUGAUAUGACAUCUUCCACAGAGCACUACAUCAAUUUGCAGAAAAUCUACCAUUCCAAAGCUGAAGCUGAUUUUGUUGCCAUGGAGCAGAGAGUAAAAAACAUUCUAGCUAAAGUUGGUCAGGAUCCUAGUAGCAUCUCAAAGUCAACUAUCAAGAGCUUCUGCAAGAAUGCAAGAAAACUUAAGGUAUGCAGAUACCGUAUGAUAGAAGACGAGUUCAGAAGUCCUUCUGUAGCAGCACUACAUAAGUGUUUGGAUGAUGAGGAAUACAGAAUCGCAAUUGGAUUUUAUAUUCUUCUAAGAGCUGCUGAUAGAUUUUCUGCGACCUAUAAGAAGUUUCCUGGACAGUUUGAUGAUGGAUUAAUGGACCAUGACGUAGCCCAGUUAAAAACUACUGCCCUAAAUCUUCUUAGUGAAAUGGGUUGUGACGGCUAUUUGCUUCAGGAAGAACUUUACAAUGAGAUGUGUAGAUUUGGUGCUGCAGAGGUUCAUGUGGUUGCUGCUUUCAUAGGAGGAAUCACAUCUCAAGAAGUGAUCAAGCUCCUCACGAAGCAGUUUGUCCCCAUGCAAGGAACUUACAUCUUCAAUGGGAUUGAUCACAAGUCUCAGUGUUUGACAUUAUAGAAGAUUUUUAGACACUGGUGGCUGCAGAAGAAUUCCAACCUAUCUUUUAUCCUCACUCUGAAUUGAAAACUUAACCUUUCUUGUAGAACGAGGAACGGUUCACCAGUUGCAGUUUUCAUUCUGCCGUACACCAGACUAACUAGAUCUCAAUUCUCCAUAGAAACAAGUUUCAAACUCUUCAUGUAUAUUGAUUUUUGAGCCGCGGUUUAAAACCGAAGAGCUCGUGUUAAUUGAUGGGCAAAGAGCCUUUGUGUA